UGACCAUUCAAAAAGUUGUUACUGAAAACAGAGUUGUAAAAUAUUUGAACAAAAAAAAAAGCCAAGGGAUUAUCUGAUUUUUUUCCGCCUUUUUCAUUUUUUACAAGUAAUUUAACAGAUUGUGAACCAAAUCUUUGGUCUAGCAAUCAUGAACGACAAAGAAAAUUGGCCUGUAAACUUUUAUAACAGACCUUUAAUUAAGCCAGCAUAUUCUUCAGAAAUUUGUAAAAGGCAGCUGAUGAUGGAUUUUCCAAAAAUAUAUGUUCAUGAUAUCAUAGCAAUAGCAAGUUUCCAUCAGUGGCAAUAUGCUAAAACUCACAAGUCCUUAUCCUCUAUUAUGGUUGAAUUUGAAAACCAAGGUUCUGAUAGCAAGAAACCAGUAGACAUGCUGUUAGAAAACGAUGAUGGAGUAGGCACAAUGUUUACUGUGAGAAAAAUGGUUAGUUUGAGAUCUUUUGGCAAAAGGCUACCAGUCUUGCCUGCUGACCUGCAAUCAGAAAUUGAUUUUGUAAAAAGCAGUAAAAAGAAUAGUGUGAGUGAAGAUAUUUCAUUUAUUUUGGAACCAAACAGCUUCCCAGAGAAACAAACAAUAGAAUGUGUAUGCUGCUUUGGAGAUUGUGAAUUUGAAAAAAUGGCUCAAUGUAUGGAAUGCCAUUUGGUUUGUGUAGGCUGUCUUAAUGCAUAUGCAAAAGAAAUUGUUUUUGGAACUGGAAAGGUACAGCUGAACUGCAUGGCAUUUGAUUGUCAGACAACAUAUCCAGAAAGUGAAUUAAGAAGAUGUCUUGAACCAAAGACUUGGAAUAAAUUGGAAGAAAGAUCAUUGGAGGAAAACCUGAACAUGGCUGACAUGAAUGAUUUGGUCAGAUGUCCACAGUGUGAUUUUGCAGCCAUUUUAUCUCCUUCAAUUAAAAUGUUCAAGUGCCUCAGGGAGGAUUGUCAAAAGGCAGUUUGUAGAAACUGUGGUGUAGACUGGAAAGAACAUGAAGGGUUAACAUGUGCAGAAAUUGAAAAGAAGGAUGAAACAGCUCUCAGGAAAGAGUAUGAAGAGAAAAUGACAAAAGCUAAAGUUCGCAAUUGUAGUUCCUGUAAAGCUCAAUUCAUGAAAGACCAAGGCUGUAACAAGAUGACUUGCCGUUGUGGUAUAACAAUGUGUUACAUUUGUAGAGAGUCCAAAAUUGAUUAUAAGCAUUUCUGUGGUCACCCACGCGAUCCUGGACAACCUUGCAGAUUGUGCAAAGCCUGCUCUUUAUGGACUAAUCCAGAAGAAGAUGAUGAAAGGGCUGUGGCUGAAAUAAGAAAAGAAGCCAAUGAGAAAAGGAAAGCUCUAGGUUUUGUUGAAGAUAAAAUAAUCGGAGCACCAGUUACUCCUAAAAGACCACUUGUGGAAAAGAAUAAACAAGCACCAAGGCUACCAAACCAACCUCCAGCACCUAGGCUACCAAACCAACCCCCAGCACCUAGGCUACCAAACCAACCUCCUGCACCAAGGCUACCAAACCAACCCCCAGCACCUAGGCUACCAAACCAACCUCCAGCACCUAGGCUACCAAACCAACCUCCAGCACCUAGGCUACCAAACCAACCCCCAGCACCUAGGCUACCAAACCAACCGCCAGCACCUAGGCUACGAAACCAACCCCCAGCACCAAGGCUACCAAACCUGCCUCAAGCACAUGAAGCACACAGGGCAGGUAACAUAAACAGGAAUGUUUACCAGCCACCAGGAUAUUUCAACAGAGGUCAAAACGUCAUGCAAGGCUUAAAUGGGUAUAUCAUGGAUCCCCUUCCUCCGGUGAAUGGGCUAUUUAAUAUUUUUAACAACUUUCCGGCCUUUGACCCAACGAGACCACCUCCAGCACACAUGAAUCAUCACCAAUGGGAGCCACAUUUUAAUUUUGCUGAGAGGUGGCAGAACCAAAGGUAUGAUAACUUCUAUGAAGACAAUGAUUAUAUUUAUUUUUGAUUCUUAUGCAUUUAUAGAGCUUACUUAUUUUCAAACUUAAAACAAAUCAAAACCCUGACUUUAUGUAUUAUGUUUAUUAUUUUAGAUUUUUAUUUAAGUCGUGUUAUUUUGAUUAACAAAUUAUACUUAGAUUUUAGACAAACCUAUGACUGACAAAAUUGUUGAACCUUGUUUCUGAUGUUUUACAUGUUACUAUUUCAAGUCUUUCAGUCCUAGUUGUACAGAAGUAUUCAUUCACUUCCUUCUGCGUUAUCUAAAUUAUGUAAUUACCUGUCAAUAGAAAAUGCAGUCUUUCAUCUUUAGGACUUGAAUAUGUCUCACAUAACUCCUACUACUACAUUGUGUACAUUUAUUUUUAUAAUCAACUGUUUAUUACAUUGUUUCAAAUUGAUGUUUACUACUUAGACAUCUGCCUUAUAUGUACUGUAACAUAAGAUGUAUCACACUUAAAGGUAGAUCUGCUCCCUACAUAGUCAACUAAUCCAGUUUUUUAUAUUUAUGUACUUGAUUUCUUAAAAUAAGUUUUUUACAUAUUCAUUUUUGUAUGCCUACAUUUCACUGCCCUAUCCAAGUAUUAAUAGCUGCAAAUAUUGAUUCAAGGAUACACUUUUUUAGGUCUAGAAGUUUUUACCCACUCUUUCUAUCAUUUGGUCUUGUUACGUUACUUAAAAACAUGUGCCUUGAAGUAAAGAGCUUUGUUAUUGUUAAUUUAAGGAUUGAAUCUUGUUGACAUGUAACCCAUUAUGAAAAAUAGAAAAUAUUUUUACUUAUACUAUAAAUAAUACAAAACUAAAGCAAUUUUAUAUAUAAACUCUUUAUGAUAGUUCCAUUCAGCCUGAAGAUUUCUGGUUAGUGUUAAGAUGUCAGUUUGGUAGAUGUUGAGUUUUAACUAUGGAGUAGACUUCAGGAAAUCUGUUAUUGCACUAUAAUUGUACUUAAAUCAUUUAUAGUUUUAAGAUCAAUCAUAUAUGAAUCAAUGCUGGCUGUUUAUUAUAACUUGUAUGCCAAUUAUCUGAUGUAACAUUUCAUAAUUGAAGUUAAUCAACAACUGGUAGAGCUCAGCUCAAUGUUAAAACUUUAUUAAAUCACAGAUGCUUGUACCAAAAAUAUGUAUUUGUUGUUUUCCUAUUUUAAUUUUAUAAAACCACUGUUUUCUAUCAAUUGAACUAGGUUUAUGAAAAUAAAAAAUAUGCAACCUAUGGUUGCUUUUUUCU